GUGGAGGAGGAGGAAGAAGGGGGGCUUCUUCAGGAGUAACAAGAAGUUGAGUCGGGAAGUUUCCAGCAGCAGAGACGGGGUUUUCUCCCUCACACAGCGGGGAGGGUUGCGGGUCCAACAUGGGGAACGGGGUGUGCUCCCGGAGGCAGCGGAGGAUCUUCCAGUGUCUCCUGCUGGUCACCGUGGUCUGCGGGAUGAUGUACGGCGGGAUGAUAUCGUAUGAGAUGCACAAACAGCUCAAGAGGACGGAGGCGAUGGCACUGAAGUACCAGCAGCACCAGGAGUCGCUCUCGGCACAGCUCCAAGUGGUGUACGAGCAUCGCUCCCGGUUAGAGAAGUCUCUUCAGAAGGAGAGGUUGGAGCACAAAAAGGCCAAAGAAGAUUAUCUGGUUUAUAAACUGGAGGCACAACAGUCAAUAAACAAGGAGAAGCAAGAGUCGAGCAGCAGAUUCAAUUCUCUACAAGUACAGCAUCAGAUGUUAAAGAAUCAGCACGAGGACCUGAAGAAGCAGUAUUACGACUUGCAGGACAAGCACCAAGUCCAGGGCGAAGACCACAGCCGGCUGCUGGGCGAACACAAAGACCGCUACGAAAAACUGCAGCAAGUAAAAGAGGGGGAAAUCUCCCAGCUCAAAGAUAAUGUAUAUAACCUGAGGGAGGAGAAUAAACAGCUGAGGAAAGCCCACCAGGAAAUUCACAAACAGCUGCAGGAUGCACAGGUUCAGCAUCAGGACCUCAAGGCAUCGCACGACAAUCUCGCACUGACACUGGAAGACCACAAGAGUGCGCUGGCUGCAGCUCAGGUGCAGGUGGAUGAAUACAAGCAGCUGAGGGAGUCCCUGAACAGGAUGCCCAAUCUGAGACAGCCUGAACAAAAUCCUGCCCCCCAGCAGCCGCAAGCAGCUGCCAUAGUGCCCGAGUCCCGUGUUCACGAAGCCCAGCAGGCCACAAUACUGGAACAGCCACACAAAGAGGAGCCCGCCCACGAGGAAGAUCACCAGGCUCACCAGGACACCGAGUCCAGGUUGGACCAUCAAGGGCAAGAGGUGCACGCUCAGUCGGAGAUCAAGACCCAGAACACCUUGUCAGACAAAGAGGAGGAUGGAGAGGGAGAGGCAGAGAGGAGGAGGGAGCUGGCGGAAGAGGAGAUGGCUCAAGCAGGACAGCCUCAGAAGCUGGAGGAGGACCCAGACCAACCACAGGAUGAGCAGCCGGAGGAAGAGGAGGAGCCAGAACCAGAACAGCCGGACCAGAACGCCCUGGACCGACAGAGACGCCAGCCUCAGCCGGGUCCCCAUCCAGAGCUGCAUCCGGAGGCCCAGCUGCAGCACGUGGCACACGCCCAGGUGGAGCAUGUGAAGUCGGCCUACGAGCAGCAGCAGGACCAGCAGCGCCUGGAGGCUCAAAGGGCCGAGGAGCGCAGGCAGAUCCAGCUGCAUCAGGAGGCCCUGCAGGUCCAGAGGGACAGGGUGCUGAAGGAGAGGGAGCAGAGGCUGAAGGAGGAUCAGGAGAGGGAGCAGCAGCACCACAGGGAGGCUGACAGACGGGAGCAGCUGCUCAGAGAGGAGCACCAAAGGAAGAGGACCGAGUAUGAGAAUAUGGACAAUGAUAUUGUUCAAGGAGAAGAGGACCGUCACACUGACGAUGAAGAGAGCGAUGUUCAUAUGUUACAUGAGGAGGAAGAGAAACAAGAAGUGGAUCACAGAGUGCCACCACAUCAGCAGGGUGGUGUCGAUGGCGAGCUGGAUCCUGAGGACGACCCCAACAACCAGGGAGAGGACGAGUUUGAGGAGGCCGAGGACGAGCGGCCGCAGCACAGAGUGGCAGAAGAGGAAGAGGAGGUGGUAGAGGAGGAAGAGGAGCCGGCAGCACCAGCUCAACACGUAGAGACGCACCAAGGCCACGAUCAGCCUGCUGUGGAGGAGGAACUGGUGAUGGCGGGAAACCCAGAUCAACAGGAAGACACGCUGGAUGACCAGUACCAGGAAGAAGUGGAGGAUGAGGCUCAGGAGGACAUAGCUGGUGGGCAGAAGAGAGAGGAGGAGGUGGAGGAGGAAGGAGAGGAUCCAUAUAACGAGGAGAACAUAGAACAGGAUGACGUAAAACACCAGGAGGGACCAAGAAAGGCUGGGGAUCACAGAAAAGAGGCCGAGAAUAACGAGGAGGAGAAUUACGAAGAGGAAGAGCAGGAGGCCGAAGAGGACGCAGCCGGUCGAGACAAGGGAACCAAUCGGAGGGCGGAGAUGUAAGACGGGCGCAGACCUUGACCAGUUGCAGUGCCUUUUCGACUGCCCACCAGGUCUUUCUUUCCCUUGUUUCCCAAAGGAAUAAAACCAGCCAUCCAUUCAGAAAUCCAGUUAAGAAAAUUGGGAUAUUAAUGCCUGAAAGAUGAGGAUGCUAUUCCAAACACUGUGGGGAUGGAAAUGAGCAGCUUACACUGUGGAAAUGGACAGUUUGUUUGGCAGAAAUGGGGUGUAUACUGUAUAUUUUUUUCAUUUUUUAUUCAUUUGCUUUUCUGUCUACUCGCACGUCUGCCUGAUUGCCCGUCUGGUUCUGUUUACUUACCAGCGGACAGACGGAGAAUGUAUUUUCAUUAUGUGCUGUCUUUGAGUGUGUGUACAAAGCAAAGAUAAAUUAUGUUAUUCGGAUGUCCUUAUGUUCAGGCCUUCAUAUGUAUGUUUUAUGCAAACAGUUGUAUUCUUUGUAGAGCUCAAAUUUUAAUUUACAUUCUGUCAUUCCAAUCGAUCGAGUCGUUUUCUGUUAUUUAUUGUUGAUUGUAACAACUCUGACAAUCGUAAAAAGGUGCAACGUUCCUUUUUUAUUUCCCCCGACUGAACUAGUUUGUGUCAUAAUGGCUUUUUACCAACUUCUUGAAGCAGAUACGCAGGAGUUUUUUCACUGGAUUAUUCCGCAAAUGCCAGUCAAAAGAGACAUUUCUGGUGAAGCCGUUCUGUGCUGAACGGGUCACGCUGACAUGUGCCUUUCCAUUAAUGGAAACCUCUUCUAGGUCUUAGUCAUUUUACAUUUGGAAAGUGUUUCAGUAGGACAGGAGAGACGAGAGCAUGCCAGGCAGUGCUGAGCCUCUUGCAUAUUGCUACAGCAUAGCCUUAAGUGGGGGGGGGGGGCUGUUUCAUGUCGACUGCUGGUGUGAAUUAAAUUCACAAACUUAAUGCAAUUUACUGCAAAAUCUUUAGUCUACUGUACAAUGUAUAGUAAAAAAAUAAAUGCUGACAAUUUGUACAUUUUUCCACCAGUUAUAUUUGAUACAAAAAAGUGGGAAUUUGAUUGUAUCGAACCACGUUUGUUACCUAAAUGGUGUGUGGAAUAAAGAGGUCAAAGGAUUUCAGGUCA